GAACAACAAAUAGGUUGAAAUGUUAGUUAAUAAUGUAGUUUUCUUGUUCUUUUUAUAAGUUGAAAUUAAGAAAGGGUCUAUGCAUGGAAACAUAUUUUUGGGGUUAUAUUGUUCUGUAGGAAGAUAAACAGUUGAGGAAGGAAAGACUGCAUUGGAGAAACAUGUGUCCUUCUUUGACCGAAACGGUGACGGCAUUGUUUAUCCAUGAGAAACCUACCAAGGGAUUUAGAGCACUCGGGACAGGGCGUUUCAUGUCGGCUUUUGUUGCUGUCUUCUUCAACAUGGGACUCAGCCAGAAAACUCGUCCGGUUCAACUAUUCGGAUAUAUCUUACCAUUGUUUUUGAAACCAUUUGUAUGCACGGUAGUGACAACCGACGUCUACGACAAAGACGGAAGAUUUGUGGAAUCAAAAUUCGAGGAGAUAUUCAACAAGCAUGCUCGCACACAUAAAGAUGCUCUCACUGCAAAGGAAAUUAAACAAAUGCUUAAGACUAACAGAGAACCUUACGAUUUCAUCGGAUGGCUUUCAGAUUUUAUAGAAUGGAAAAUAUUACAUACGUUAGCUCAAGACAAUGGUUUGUUGACGGAAGAUGCAGUAAGAGGCGUCUACGAUGGUAGCCUUUUCCAACAACUGGAGAAAAAAAGAUCAUCUUCUUCAUCUCGUGGCAAGAAACAAAAACUACCUUAAAUGCGUGAAUCUUCUUAUAUUACUAUGUGGAGAUCAAAUGACUUGUGGUUUAU